AUGAACCCCCCAGCCUACAGCUGCUUUGUGGACAGAGACAAGAUGGACUCGGCCAUCCCGGACCUGGGGCCCAAGGAGCUGAGCUGCAUGGAGCUGCCGGAGCUGAAGCAGCUGGCGCGCCAGGGCUACUGGGCCCGCAGCUACGCCCUGCGGGGGCAGGUGUACCAGCGCCUGAUCCGGGACAUCCCCUGCCGCACAGUCACCCCCGAUGCCAGCGUGUACAGAGACAUCGUCGGCAAGAUCGUGGGCAAGCACAGCAGCACCAGCCUGCCCCUGCCCGAGUUUGUGGACAACACGCAGGUGCCCAGCUAUUGCCUGAACUCGAAGGGCGAGGGCGCUGUGCGCAAGAUCCUGCUGUGCAUCAGCAACCAGUUCCCCGACGUCUCCUUCUGCCCCGCGCUGCCCGCGGUCGUGGCUCUGCUGUUGCACUACAGUGCCGAUGAGGCCGAGUGCUUCGAGAAAGCUUGCCGCAUCCUGGCCUGCAAGGACCCCAGCAGGAAGCUGGUAGACCAGAGCUUCCUGGCCUUCGAGUCUUCCUGCAUGACGUUUGGGGACCUGGUGAACAAGUACUGCCAGGCAGCCCACCAGCUGAUGGUGGCCGUGUCAGAGGACGUCCUGCAGGUGUACGCGGACUGGCAGCGCUGGCUCUUCGGGGAGCUGCCCCUCAGCUAUUUCGCCCGUGUCUUUGACGUCUUCCUGGUGGAGGGUUACAAGGUGCUGUACCGCGUGGCGCUGGCCAUCCUCAAGUUCUUCCACAAAGUGAGGGCGGGGCAGCCGCUCGAGUCAGACAAUGUGAAGCAGGACAUCCGCACCUUCGUCAGGGACAUCGCCAAGACCGUAUCUCCCGAGAAACUGCUGGAGAAGGCGUUUGCCAUCCGCCUCUUCUCUCGGAAGGAGAUUCAGCUCCUGCAGAUGGCCAACGAAAAAGCUCUGAAGCAGAAGGGCAUCACCGUCAAGCAGAAGAGCUCUGCUCUGACCUCUCCCCGCUCCCUCAGGCAGUUCGUGCACCUGGCCGUUCAUGCAGACAACUUCCACUCAGAGAUCGUCGGUGUGAAGGAGAUGAGAGACAUCUGGUCGUGGGUCCCUGAGCGGUUCGCCCUUUGCCAGCCCCUCCUGCUCUUCUCCUCGCUGCAGCAUGGGUACAGCCUGACCAGGUUCUACUUCCAGUGUGAAGGACGAGAGCCCACUGUUCUGCUGAUCAAGACUACGCAGAAGGAGGUGUGUGGCGCCUACCUGUCAACAGACUGGAGUGAGAGAAACAAGUUUGGGGGCAAGCUGGGCUUCUUCGGGACCGGAGAAUGCUUCGUGUUUAGGCUGCAGCCCGAGGUCCAGCGCUACGAGUGGGUGGUUAUCAAACACCCAGAGCUGACCAAGCCCGCGUCACUGGAGUCCGCGUCUCUGGAGUCCGCGUCCCUGGAGUCCGCCACCGUUUCAUCCUCCCCGAGCCACUCUCUGUCCUCUGAGAGCUCCGACCGCCUCUCGCCGUUCCUGGCUACUCGGCACUUCAACCUGCCCUCCAAGACGGAGUCCCUGUUCAUGGCCGGGGGCAGCGACUGCCUCAUCAUAGGUGGAGGGGGCGGCCAGGCGCUGUACAUCGACGGGGACCUGAACCGGGGCCGCACGGGCCACUGCGACACUUUCAACAACCAGCCUCUCUGCUCUGAGAACUUCCUUAUCGCUGCUGUGGAGGCCUGGGGCUUCCAGGACCCUGACAUCCAGUGA